AUGGCUGCAUGGGUGGCGCUGCUGGUGGCGCUCCUUGCAGUGGCGAUCGGCGCCGCACUGGCGUUACUGCGCGUGCUGCGGCAUGCCUUGGCGCUGGAGCCGGGCACGAUUGGGUUCUUCCAUCCAUUUGCGGACGGCGGCGGCGGCGGCGAGCGGGUGCUGUGGGUGGCCAUACAAGCCCUGCAAGUGGCUUAUCCAUCAGUCAAGCUGUUCAUAUACGUCCGCGAGGGCGUCUCUGCGGCGCAGUUGCAGCAGCACGCGGCGGACCACUUCAACAUAGUGCUGCCGCAGCCGUUUGAGGUGGUGCCUCUUAAGCGCACCCACCUAGUCAGGCCGGAGCGCUACCGGCGGUUCACCAUGAUCAGGCAGGCGGCGGGGUCUGCGCUGCUGGGUUGGGAGGCGCUGUCGCUGAGGGUGCCGCAGGUAUUUGUUGACACCACCGGAUGGGCGUUCACCUUUCCCCUAGCCAAGCUGGCGGGCUGCAAGGUGGCCUGCUAUGUGCACUACCCCACAGUCAGCACGGACAUGCUGGGCAGGGUGUUGUCCCGCCAGGCCACCAUCACCAACGACGAGGCGAUCGCCAACAACAGCCUGCGGUCGAUGGUCAAGGUCGCGUACUACCAGGCCUUCGCGCUGGUCUACGGCUUCUGCGGGGCCUUCGCAGACGUGGUGAUGGUCAACUCGUCCUGGACGCGGGACCACAUUCAGUCCCUCUGGUGGUCGCGGCAGCGCCCGGCGCGCGUGUACCCGCCCUGCGACACCGAGGAGCUGCAGCGGCUGCCACUGGACAGGCGGCUCAAGCACCUCUAUCUGGUCAGUGUCGCCCAGUUCCGGCCAGAGAAGAAUCAGCGGCUGCAGCUUGAGGCCUAUGCCAUGGCUAGACAGCAAGCAGGCCCCGAUGACGCGGGCCGUGCGGUGCGGGUGUCGAAGCUGAAGAUGGUGGGCAGCGUGAGGGGCAAGGACGACCAACGGCUGCUGGAGGAGCUGCAGGACUAUGCGCGCGAGCUGGGCAUCGAGUCGUCGGUGGAGUGGUGCGUCAACGUGCCCUUCACGGAGCUGAGGGCGCUGCUGGGCGGCGCGGUCGGUGGCCUGCACUCGAUGACGGACGAGCACUUUGGCAUCAGCGUGGUGGAGUACAUGGCGGCAGGCGUCAUCCCCAUCGCCCACAACUCCGGUGGGCCCCGCGCCGACAUCGUCGUGCCGCUGGAGGGCCGCGACGGCCCCCAGAUCACCGGCUACCUGGCAGAGACCCCAGAGGAGUACUGCGACGCCAUCACGCGCGUGCUGGUCAUGCCGCAGGUCGAGCGCCUGCGCAUCGCGGCCGCUGCGCAGCGGCACGCCGCGAAGUUCUCGGGCGAGAACUUCACGGCGGGCUUUUUAGACGCGAUGGCGCCGGUGGCGGAGGCCGCAGCGGCGGCGGCGGCGCCCGGCGCUACCACUGCGGAGCGGGCACCCACCACUGUUCCUACACCAGUGGUCCGCAUCGACAACAUCCAUGAUCCGUUUGCCACUGUGGUGACGGUGGAGUUUGGCGACCGCUUGGGCGAGCUGCUGGACACGGUUACCGCCCUCAAGAACCUGGGCCUGAACAUCACUCGUGCGAAGCUGGCGGGCGCCGCCGGCCGGACGGCCAACACCUUCUUCGUCACCAACGCCCAGACUAGCGACAAGAUCACACGCAUUGCGCAGAUUGAGGACAUACGUAUGACAAUUAUCAAGAACCUCCUGUACUACCACCCGGAGUCGUCCGAGGCGCUGGCCAUGGGCAGGGCGGCGAGCGCGGCUGCAAAUGAUGCCGCGGCGCCCAUGAGCCCCCGCAACAUGGUGCCCACCACGAUUGAGGUCACAGAGGCGCCCAACGGCAGCUGCUCCAUCUGUUAUAUCGAGACACCCGACAGGCCCGGCCUGCUGGUGGACAUCGUCCGCACCCUGAAGGACAUCAACGUCAACGUCGCCAGCGCGGAGAUUGACACCAUCGGGGCAAUGGCAAAGGAUGAGCUGUUCAUCACGUACGAGGGGGAGCCCCUGGACGGGCCCAUGGUGCAGCUCGUCACCGAUGCACUGAAGUACCACCUUGCCUCUGGGGAGCUGGCCAAGUAG